CUGGAUGCAGCCUGCAGAAGCAGCUCUCACUCUCAGCUCCCAUUGAGCAGCAGUUGGACUCACUCAGACCUACUGGAAGUGUUGUUGUUGUUAUUGUUGUUUUUCGUGCAGGAUCCUGACACUGUGCAGAUCCAGACGAUCUCUUAUGACUACACAGGCGGUGUUCAGACAGACCUGCAGACAGACAGACAUGUUACCAAAGACUCGUCUGGGAAAGCGCUCUCCUUUCGGGGCGCUGGUGAGCUCCGCCUGCCCCGCAGCAGGCACACAUGCAGGCCAGGAGACAGGUGAGACCAGCAUCGCCAUGGCAACAGUGGGAGGAGAGCAUCCCAUCAGCAGAGUCAAAGGUCACCCUGGAAUGAAGGUGUAUUUUCAGUGCAGUGGAGGAGGUGAAUCUGCAGGUGUGGUGGAUCAGGGGGACCUCAUGCAGAGGGAUGUUUCGGUGCCUCCAUUCUGCAGCAGAUCUGUCUCCUCCUGCAUCGACGUCCCCAGAAGUCAGAGGAGUCCGGAGGAGGUGGAUAUGGAUGCACUGAUGGCAGCGAUGGUCCUCAGUAGUUUGUCCUGCAGCCCUCUUCUGCACAGCCCCGCCUACCAAGACACAUCAGCUCCUCCGAUGGAUUGUGGAGGCGGCGAUCUCUCUGAUGGCGGCAGCAGCGGCUACUUGAGCAUCGGCCACAACGGAAGCCCCGCCCCCUCUCCACCAAUCGCAGAACCGGCCGGGAGCCCAGCCACGCCCCCUGAUGAAGGACUGGACAUGGAGCUGGAGCAGGUUCUGUUUGAUGAGCCGGCGCCCCGUAAACGCAGGAACUCGGUGAAGUCGGCGUACAGGUGUCUGUGGCCGAGCUGCGGAAAGGUGCUGACGUCAGUGGUGGGAAUAAAACGUCACAUCCGGACAACACACCUGUGCCGUGGUGGGGAACACGAGCGCUGUUCCCGCAGUGAGGAGGAUUUUUACUACACCGAGAUCAACCAAUGGGAUCAGCAGCCGCAGCAGCAGCAGUCUCCACCCUUUCCUCUCCACUGUAGCCCCGCCCCUGCCUCACCUACAUCCUCGUCCUCCUCACCUCCGAGCCCUCCUCCUUCCUCUCCGCAAUCGCCGCCCUCUCCAGUCUGCAGCGCUCUGAGUCGCUCCGCCCCCUCCGCCUCUGGCAGCAUCUGGCAGGUCAAAUCAGAGCACUCCUACCAGGCUCCACCUCCGAGUCAUGUGAUGUCGGCAGCAACAGCAGUUUCAAACACGGCCACCUGCACUUUGACGGCCACGCCCACCACUUGCCUCCAACAGGGUUUGACGUUUCGAGUGCGUUCUGUCAGCGUAGGGGAGCAGUGGCUGCAGCAGCAGAGCGCCCCCAGCAGGAGGAUCCGCGGUGAAGCCAAGAAGUGUCGCAAAGUGUACGGCAUCGAGCACAGAGACCAGUGGUGUACGUCCUGCCGCUGGAAGAAAGCCUGCCAACGCUUCCUGGACUGAGCGUGAGGACGAAAGACAGGAAGAGGAAAGAGGAAGGCUGAAGCGGGCUGUGGACUUCAGCAUCACGCGGUGGAUGUUUUAUACUUUCUUACAGCAGACAUAUUUUUUCUUUCCAUUUUUAUACACUUUAUAAAAUGUCUAGAAGUGUCUUUUUUAUGUGGCAUGUGUCUCCUGAAUGUAUUUUGUAGACGUCGUGUCCUGUCAGUGCAGCUAUUAUGACCCUGAAGCAGCAAAGGGAGGUUUUUUUUUUCUUCUUUUUUGCGUCCGGCUGACAAAAACAGCCAGCUGUGUCACGAUUUAUGGAUUGCAGGUUAUUUCUUUGGGGUUCUAAAAACUUCCCUACAGUUAAACAGUUUAGAGGAGAACAAAGUGAGCUAAACUUUAUACUGCAUGUAAGACGUGUGCACAGUCUCCCUGAUGGUCAUGAGUUUGGAAACAACAAUUUUUGCAGCCAUUUUUUUACAACUCCAGCUUGCGUUUUCGGAGCCAGAAGCAACCGAAUUUAAAGUCUUAGAGGGUAAAGUUGUCAAAAUUGUGUAAAAUUUGGUGCUUUCUUGAUACCACAUGUUUGAAAAUGAAACAAUCUCUGUUUUUGAAUGACUAUGAGUGAUAGUAUUGAAAAGUAUUGACGCUUUAAGAACAACACGUCCGUCUCAUACAGAGAAAUUAGUCAGUUGCAGAUACACUCCUGCACACUUUUUUUUCUUUAUUGCACAAAAAAGUUGGCAACGUUUCUGCACUGGAGAAGCGGGUUACCAAUGUGCUUGAAGAGUGGAAGGCUUGAAGAGGUCUCAAAGCUCCAACAACACUUGUAGCAUUGAGAUAAACUUUAUUAGACUAUUUCGGUUUUGGCCUUCAUGGCGGGAUGACCUUGAUGAAGGCAGCAAGCCGAAAUGCGUCGGUUGACGAUUGACGAUGCAUUAGUGCAGUUUAGACAGUGUGCAGGGAAUUCUGUUUCCGUUGCCGUGGUAUCAAAACAAGUAUCGAUACCGUUUGAUUAUUACUAGAAACAUAUCAACGUUUAAAUUCAGAUUUUGUGACGAACCUCAUGAGAGGGUGGAGGACUACAGGAGUGAGUCAGCAAAUGGAAAAUGUAUCAGCUUACCGUAAAACUUCAAUUAAAUAUCCCAGGCUUUCAUUUACCUCCUGCCUUUAUUUGGGACAGGCGUCAAAACGAGAUCUUUGAAUAUUUCAAACAGAACUUGUUCACAGCAAAGAUUGACAGAGAAGAUCUGCAAACUAAUCAACAUUAAAUACAAAGAGGCCUUUAAUAGCAACACCAGGAUAUUAAAAGGGACUGAGCCUCAAAUUGGGAUGCGCUUUUAUUUGAAGUUUUACAGUACACUACUUUGGUAAAUGAUGUAAACAUUCAAAGGACCUUAGGCUGGCUUGAACAAUAAUUGAAUAAAGACCCAGCCUGUUC